AAAAAUUAUUUCAAAUGGGACAGCCGCUUAGGAGGAGUUCAGUGGCUUAAAUACGUACAGUAGAAUUAUUUAUAAUAAAUAUUUGAGCAUAAUUUUAAGACUUCCAGAGAAUUGAGAAAAUUGACAUUAUGAUUGACAUUGGCAAAUGGCAACACUGGUUGAUUUGUUUUUGUAAAUUAGUUUGAUUCUUUCACAAAUUGCAAAAUACCUAAUAUUAUGUACAAUUAAAUUCACAAUCUUAUAUCCUGAUUAGUGUAAAAAAUGAACUUGUCUGAAGAAAAUCCAUUUGGUAACGGGCUUUUGUACGUGGGCUUUAACCAAGAUCAAGGUUGUUUCGCUUGUGGAACGGAAAAUGGUUUCCGUGUCUUCAAUAGUGACCCCGUACAAGAGAAAGAACGGCAGAACUUUGCUGUUGGCGGUCUUUCGUACGUGGAAAUGUUAUUCCGGUGUAAUUAUAUGGCUUUGGUGGGAGGUGGUAAAACACCGGUCUAUCCUCCGAACAAAGUUAUUAUUUGGGAUGAUCUAAAGAAAGAUUCCGCCAUAUCGCUUGACUUCAACAGCCCUGUGAAAGCUGUGAAAUUGCGGAGAGACCGUAUUGUUGUUGUUCUAGAACAAUUGAUAAAAGUGUAUACUUUUACGGCUCAGCCCCAAUUGCUCCAUGUGUUUGAAACUUGUCAAAACACAAAAGGGUUGUGCGUAGUAUGUCCUAACAGUAAUAAUGCUCUUCUUGCCUAUCCCAGCCGAAAAACUGGUCAUGUGCAGUUAGUAGAGUUAAGUAGUCAUGCAGGGCCAAGCACAGCCCCAGAAAGUCAUCUAAUAGCAGCACAUGAGGCCCCUCUAUGUUGUUUGGCACUUAAUGUUGGAGGUACCAGACUAGCCACUGCUUCGACUAAAGGAACCCUAAUAAGGGUUUUUGAUACAUCAACAGGACAGAAAUUGGCUGAAUUGCGAAGAGGAGCUCAUCAGGCAACUAUAUACUGCAUUAAUUUUAACCACACAAGUACAAAUCUUUGUGUGACCUCAGAUCAUGGAACUGUUCAUGUAUUCAGUUUAGAAGAUGAGAAACUCAACAAACAGUCCACUUUGGCCACUGUUAACUUUUUGCCUAAAUACUUCUCAAGCAAUUGGAGUUUUUGCAAAUUCACAAUACCAAAUGGUCCUCCCUGCAUUUGUGCGUUUGGUGUUGACAAGAGUUCUAUUAUUGUGGUUUGUGCUGACGGCUCUUACUACAAAUACAAAUUCAAUGAAAAGGGGGAAUGCACCAGAGAUGUUUAUGAUCAGUUUUUGGAGACUUCUGAAGAUAGAUAAAUAUUUUAAUAAAAAUCAUUAAUUAUAUCUUGAGAAUAUAGGGGAUUGAUGAAUGCUGUGCUAGUAAGAUUGUUUCCUAUUUUUUUACAUUAGACUAGUUUUUAAUUGUUGGGUUUAUUCCCACGCGAAAAUAAUUAUAUUGGUGUUGAAAUAUUAACGAAUCGCAAAGUUUGUUUUCAAUUUACUCCAUUUUACUUUUUGACUCACAAUUGAUUUUUAAUGCAUUAUAAUAUUAAUCACUUUUUAUUGAUUCAUGAUGUGUAACUUGCUAUUAAUAGCACAUUGUCUGCUUGAUCUAGAUAUGCUAAAUUUUGAAUAGUACAAUUUUUUUAAUGAAGUCUGUUGAAAUUGUUAUUUAAAUUAAGUAUAUUACAUUGCUAUUGAAAAUUUUAAUAAAAUAAUGGUUCAGACAUCCACAUUCUGAAUUUAGAUCUAAAAAUUUGUAUAUCUACAUUUGAUCCACAGAUUCGGUAGAAUCUGGCGCGAAGUUCCGUUCAAAAAUCCUGUUGUAAACGGAGCGCCAGACUACCGACUGUGUUUACUGUAAGCAGAACGGCUUUUUGAGGUUUUUAAAUGUAACCAGAAUCAUAUCAAGUUUAUUUAAUGUGUGACCUAUCCAAAAUGUGCUAAAGGCCUAUUUUCAUGGUUUAGGUAGUUGUUACAAUAGCUCAAACAGCUUACAUUUCAAUAUUACUAUUGUGAGAAGAACUAUUUAGAAUAACUUAAUUUUAUUUAAUAAUAUCCUAAUAACUGAACUAUUUCAGUACUUACUAUUACGGUCACGACUUUGACCACCUAUCCGACUAGGAUCCUAUUCUAUUCCUAUCCUACUGUUCAAAACGGGGAAAAAAUAUUCACGACAGGUAUUGGUCAUGGUCACCUGUGUGCAGCACUCACAGUAUGUCCAACUUCAAACAUAAUUAAGAAAAUAUUAGGAUCAACUUAAAGAAAUUUAGUAGAAUUUACUAGGGAUGCUGAGAUAUAUCCCAUAAUGAAUAGUAGCCGGAAAUACCUGUUAUUGUAGGAUCUUCUAACCAUAAUUCUAUCGGCUCAGACCAAUACUAGAUGAAGUUCAUUCACACAUGCAGAACACUCACACAGCAAAUCAAAGUUAACAUUAGCAGAAAAAUAGAUGAAGUCUUGUAACAGCAUUCCAAAUGUUUUAUUUAAGACCAUAUAUUUCAUGUAAACACGACGUGAUUGAAAAGACAAUUUCAAUCUAAUAUAUCUAAAAUUAUUGAGAUCAUCAACAAGACAAAGACUAAGUUGGGUUCUAACAAUGACAAAACUUGUGGCUUACAAAAUAAAAAUAAAUAAAAAUCACGCACUUUACAUUUGAAAAAAUAUUGUUCAAAAUAAGCACUUAUUUGUGUCCAUAAUCAUAUAAGGAAACGAAACAGAAAUUGUUAAAAUAAUUACCAAAGAAUAUCAUUUGUUUCUGCAGUUGAUCAUAAAAGUAGGUAAUAUAGUAAAAAUUGCUCUAAAUUUAUGCCUUUGUGAUCUCAAUUCAAAAUUAAAUUUUACUGCUGAGCACCGACUCUGCGUUUUAUCUAUAUUUUAAUUAAUUAAUUACAUCGAGCAUUAUUGUUAAAAAUCUAGAAAUUAUAAUCAACCAGAAGGGAACAUGUCGUAGAUUACUUAAAAUAAUUGUGUAAUUAUAUUAAUGAUAUAUAAAAUGUGUAGAUAAGUUCUACAACAGUCGACCAUCGCAGUGUUAAUGCGUAUAUAAACGUAUUUUAUAUUUUGGAUGUGCUGGCCAGUUAGGUUUUCUUACAGUUCACUUGGUGUUAAGUAAGUAAAAGUAAAAUAAUCCCUAUCCUUAAAAUAUUGUAUUGUUAUAUUAUUGUAAAUGUUAUAGAAGCAGGCGGGGCGAAUUUGUAUCUCUCGCAUGGGCAAUAUGGCAAAUUUGUUAAGAUAGAUGGGGAAAUUCACUUUACCUUGGACUCCGGUAACCACCUAACAUUAGGUCUUGUCCAACAUAUGUCCAACGACAGCAAUGGAAUAAAUUAUUUGAUCAUGAAGAAAUGUUUGUAAUUUGUGUAAUGUAUUAGACAAUUUUUCGUUUUAUUAAAGAAUACCUUUUCAUUGAAACUAAGAAUACCAAACAAUAGUUCAAUGAAUGAAGUAUGAAAGUUAUUGAUCUUAUCUACAGAUUUUUAUGAUAAAACUUAUAUCAUCGUUUUUUUUUCAUAUUAUGUAUUUAGUGAGUUAAACGUAAAUACUGAUUUCUUGUAUGACGAUUAAUAUUAUGUGAUGUACCUUUACCAUGCAGUGUCUUUAUUGUAAUAAGAUUUUUCAAAUAAAUUAGAUAUUAUAUUUUCAAA